CUUAUUGCGAAGCUACCCCCAAGAACAGCCAUCGAGGCUUUGGUCAAUUUAUUCUUCGACGAAGUGAAUUCUCAUUACUUCAUUCUUGAGAGGUUUUAUUUCAAUCAACUAUUUUCACGAUGGCCUCCAAAAGAAGACAUAGAGCCGGUCAACUAUCUGGAUUCCGUACAGCUCUCAACGGAAUUACGAUACUUUCCCGCUUUGCUUUUCCAAGUCACUGCUCUAUCGCUGCAAUUUUUACCACCCGAUUGGAAUGGCCCGUCUGGUUCAUCAUAUGAACCUUCUACUUCACGCACGUAUAGUGAUCUUGGCGAUAGGCUGCUGUACCUUUUGGGGAGACCCGGGCUUGCCAUAACUGCAAUCCAAGCAGACUUUCUCAGAUCAUCGUGGUUGAAGAACUGUGGGCAAGCUGUUGAAGCUUGGCAUACUGUUGGAUAUGCCACUAGUAGACUUGCCCAGGAACUAGGAUUGCAUAGACAGAAAGAAGUAUAUCAGUCAAGCAAGACCCAUCUUGACGAAACGCUGAAUCUGUUUUGGUACGAGCAAAUCAAGAAACGCUUAUGGAUCAAUCUCUUUGUAUGGGAUGGAUACGUGGCUAUGAUUCUGGGCCGCCCUCGAACGAUCCAUAUGGAUGACUGUGAUGCAAAGCCCCCCAUGGAUUGCAGCAUACCCGAAGAUCCCUCUACGGCUGUACCAAUGACAGUGCGCCUCGAUGAUAGUCCCAACAUCUCAACAGCUUCAGCGCCUCUUUUUCGUUAUGCGCUUGCCUGUAAAGUACAUGAGAUGCGGGCUCUCAAGGCUGAUCGUCCUCGCCCAAAAGACUAUUCGGUUGUCCACACGCUCCAUGAAGACAUAAUAUCGCUAGUAGAGACGUUGCCUGCAUAUCUGAGGCAGAAGAACCCAGACACUGCCUGGGACCUGGAUCAUCCGUAUCUGCCGCAGCUUCGUGAAGAAUUACAAGUCAUGGCAAAUUUAUUUCUCAUGACUUUGCAUCGACCACACAUCAUAUCCAACAUGGAGAGUCGAAAAGCCGCUUUGCAAGUCUCACUUGAGACGCUUGAUUGCCAGCUAAUUUCUUUUACACAAGCCAAACAACAUCAAUAUCAUCUAUUUGGACUGGCAUUCUACACCAUCGAGGCUUCGCUCCUUAUCUCCAUUAUCACAAUCUUAUUCCCACCACAGAACCAUGAGACCAAACAAAAGAUCAGCAAUAGUCUUCACCAAGCAGUUGAGAGCCUUUUCGAAAUGAAGCCUUUCAAUCCAAUAGCUGCGUCGGGCUAUGAUAUCGUCCGGCGCUGUUGUCAGAGAAUUAAG